AUGAAUUUAGAGUAUAACAUCUAUUAAGACUUAUCAGAUUUUCUUUGUUCUACUUUGUAAAACCAUACAGGUCUUCACAUUAAUCUAUAUGAUAAUGAAAAUGAAAUUGGUGAUAAAGGUGUUUAAGCUUUGAGUUCUGCUUUGACUAAAUGUAUUGAUCUUCAGGCUUUGAAAUUAUGGCUUAAUUCUCAUAACAUAGGGGAUAAAGGUGUUUCCUCCUUAGCUACUGCUUUGGCUAACCUUAGUAAUCUAUAAAGUUUAGUAAUCUACUUAGAAUGGAACAAUUUUACAAAAAAGGGUUGUAAAAUUUUAGGUUCUUCAAUAUCUAAAUGUCAUAAUCUCCAAAGUUUAGAACUUAAUUUAAUUGGAAACUAAUUCGACGAUGAAGGAGCCUCUAACUUAGUUGUUGAUUUAGUAAACUGCAAAAAGCUCUCAAAUUUAAUUCUUAAAUUAGAGGAUUGCAAAAUUGGGUCUUAAGGGGUAUCUAACAUAGGAUCUUAUUUAUCAAACUGCUAAAAUCUCACAACCAUUAUACUUUGCCUGGAAGGAAAUUUACUUGGAACACAAGGAGCAUCAGGUUUAAGUAAUGGUAUUUCUAAUUGUCCUAAACUUACUAAAUUGACUCUCUAAAUUUACAAAAAUUUUAUUGAAGUCCAAGGAGCUAUUGCUUUAGGUUCUGCUUUAGAAAAAUGUAUUCAUCUCUCUUACCUAGCCUUAUUUAUUGAAGAUAAUUGUAUUGGAGAUUAAGGUUUAUCUGGUUUAAUUUCUUCUUUAGCAAAUUGUCCAGAUCUUUUAUAUUUGAAACUCAAUCUUUAGAAGAAUGAAAUUGGAUCAUCUGGAGCAUCAGCUAUAGGCUCUGCUAUUUAAAAAUACUCUAAAAUCCUAAAUUUAACACUUCGACUUGAUUUUAAUAAAAUUGAAUCAACUGGAGUUAAAGAUUUAGCUUAUGGCUUAGCAAACUGUCCUAGUCUAAAAAAUUUAACCCUCAAUCUUGAGUAAAAAUAUAUCUUUGCUUAAAUUAUUAAUCUUAAAUUUAACUAAUAAUGA